AUGGAAUAUUCUCCAAAAGGAAACGAUAUUGCUUUAGAAUUUGCUUCUCGAGCAUGCAACCUCUAUUCUGCAGAACAUGAAUGGAUAAUCGUUUGGUUAAAAGCCAAAGGACGACUUGCAUCUAAUAUUGCUAAAAAAUCAGUUGAAUUAGCAAAAGAUGAUACAAUACAACUUUGUUUUAUUUUAAUGGCAUGUACCGAAAAUCCAAAACUGUUGUCAAAAUCCAUUAUAGACAAUUUAAUUACAAAACUCACAAAUGUUCAAAAUAGCUGUGUGGAUCAAGUUCUAGGCUUAUAUUAUUUAAAACAAGAACAGGAUUAUGCAAAAGCAAAAAUUAAUUUAUGUCGUGGAAAGGCUGCUGGUCAAUUUAAUAGUGCAUUGCAGUUUCAAAACGUCAACGAUACUUUUAAAAAACGGCAUUUAAUUUUUGUUCGUCCAUUGUUUAAUGUGGGCAGAUAUAUUAAACCAAAUGAAUUUCUGAAUGUUCUAUUUGAGAAUCUAAAAGAUUUAAUAAACUAUAAGUGGAGUAUAGAAGAAAAAAAUAUGGUUGACUACACAUUUGAUUGGUUCAAUAGAAUUCUAAAAUUAAAUAUUGAUGGUGAUAAUUUUAAUGAUGGUAAUAAAACCACUAUUAAUGAAAAAAAUUUAUCUUGGCGAAAACAGAGGGUUGAUUUAUCAGAAAAUAAGUCUAAUGAAAUUCAUCAACAGAAAAAUGAAUCUUGGAGAAAACAACGAAACCCAAGGUAUGAAUAA